GGUCCCGGAGAGGCGCGGGCACGUCACCGGCGGGGCGACAGGUCUGCGCGCUCCCGCCGGCGUAGGGGAGGGGGGGGAGAAGAAACGUUGGAGAGGUUAGCGAUGGCGGGGAGCGAGUGACAAGUUGGGAAGCGACAGAAAGAGACUCCGAAGUGGCGCCGAGAGUGGAGGUGAAGCGGAGGCACGAUGUUCUGGACAUGCACACGGUCCGUGUGAUGUGAAGAGAGGCGCUGGGAGCGGCUCGGAGGGACUCGGGGCGGAACUCCUGUAGGAGAGCCCAGACCUGGACCUCAGCUUCAGCGCAAGCGCCAUCCGACAGCGUCGCUCCGCUUUGGUGAACCUAGGAAAAUGAUCAAGGCCGAGUGCAAAGGGGACAGGGCGCUGAGGAGUGCGUCCCCCCACCGAAACGCGUACAAGUCGGACUUCCAUGCCAUCAAGUGCUCCUUCGAUGGAGCCAAGCGAGAAUCUGAGAGCUCCACCAAGUCCUAUGCAAAUGGGUCCAGUGAAGCUCGGGAGGAGACGAGGGGCAGGCCUUUUGGCAACAGAGUGAAUAAGAUAAAGAACAUUUUCCUGCAGAUGGAUGGCCAGCAGCAGGACAGCCAAGAUGUGAAAGUGCCCUUAAAAAGCGAUGCAUCACAGGCGUCUCCAGCAAAACUGCAGCUUGCCUCCAGCCCGCAUAGGUCGACCUUGGCUAGCGUUACCAACCCGGACUUUCUGGCUUCGGAAAAACCCGCCAAGGGCGACGAUGUGGAUAUUGACAAAGCUGCGCUGGCUGAGAAGUUUUCAGUGACCAGGAAGCUGUUUGAAAGAGGCAUCAAGGAGCAACCACCCUCUGACAAGCAUUCCCCCAGUAAAGGGACAGGACGGGCAUCCCUGGGCAGCCAUUCUGAUGAGGGAAAGAGUGUCAGGAGGUCAUCGGGCUCCUCAGAGACCAAAACUGAGCUGAGCAAAGGUGCACUGGAAGACAGGGGCAGUGUUGAGGAGACGAAACAAACACCCAGGACGGUUCUGAAUGCUGGACCCAUUUCUAGGAGGCUGGAGAACUUCAUGGUGGACAGCGAUAAUGAGGAAUCAAACCACAAAGUGGCAAUUAAGGGGCAACACAGCCCCAUCAAAUCACACGGUCCCUCCGAGGGGCCCUUGCCCACAGCCACAGUAAGUGAUAGCUCCUGUAGACCCACCACCCCUGGGGCUGGCAGCCCUCAGAAAACCCACUCUCCAGGUACUGAUAUUGUUUCUAAAGCAGUCGUAACCACUACUGGAACCAAAGUCUUGAGUUCACCAACAAGGGAUCAAAAAAGAAGCCCCUCAUUCGACAGUAGUUGCCGCAGUCCAGACCGUGCUAAGACACCAGAGGUUUCCAGGAAUGAGGACCAUGUUGCACAAAGUCCCACCAGGGAGAAACUGACAGGACAGGCUCCCUUAGUGGACCCAUCCGGGGUGGGAAUGGUCCGAGCUGAACUGGUGGUGGUCCAGAACGAGUCCUCUGAGAGCGAUGAGAAUGAGGACAAGAACCUUGAGGACGAUGAUGUUUUCGAGCAUCUAAAAGCAGAACCCUCAAAGGUGCAGAAUGCAGAGCUUCAAAAAGAAAGCCACGCCAAGCCUUCGGCCGGUUCCCUUUCGCAUGAGAGCAUAAACAGCGAGUUUGCAGCCAGGGAGGUGAAACAAGUCUUGCAGGAGAAGAAAGGGCAGGAGUCUGAAUGGACAGAGGAACAACAGAAAGAGACUGAGACAGGGAGUCAGAAGAUGGAUUACCAUGAAGAGAAGGAGGCCACAGGAGAAGAGAGUGAGCUGGAGGAGCACAGCUGCAGGGAUGAGGCGUCUCCUGUUGUGUAUGGCAUUGAAAAUGCGGCCUUCGUGGAUGACCGGGACACGGACCAGGAGCACCAUGAAGAGGAACAGCUCACUGAGGAGUAUGACGAGGUGCCUGGCCUGUCAGAUGAAGAGGACUCCACUCCACUAAGGAAGAUAAAGUUCUCCACUGCACCAAUUCGGGUGUACAGCACAUACUCCAAUGAAGAGUAUGAUCGGCGCAAUGAUGAAGUCGAUCCAGUUGCAGCAUCUGCAGAGUAUGAGCUGGAGAAGAGGGUUGAGAAGAUGGAUGUGUUUCCUGUGGAUAUUGUGAAGGCAGGUGAUAAAGGACUAGGAAUCAGCAUCAUAGGAAUGGGGGUUGGUGCAGACCAGGGCCUGGAGAAACUGGGCAUUUUUGUCAAGACCGUGACUGAGGGAGGAGCUGCUGAAAGGGAUGGACGCAUCCAGGUCAAUGACCAAAUUGUUGAAGUUGAUGGUAUCAGUUUGGUUGGAGUGACACAACUUUUUGCAGCCACUGUCCUGAAAAACACAAAAGGCAUAGUGAACUUCCUGAUUGGGCGGGAGAAGCCUGGGACGCAAAGUGAGGUGGCGCGGCUCAUCAGUGAAACCCUGGAGCAGGAGAGGAGCCAGCAGCAACAGCGCCUGGAGGAUCCCUAUGAGCACUCCACAGAGGAGGAGGAACACUACGACGAAGAAGGUGACGAAGUCCUGGGAUCAAGCUUUUCAGGACGGACGGUGGAAGUGUUUGACCUCCCUGAGAAUGAAGACAUGUUUUUACCUUCUGACAUGGACUCAACACAGCUGGGCUUCAGAUUCAAAGAGCUUCAGCUAAAGCACAGCAUAACAAAGGCUGAACUCACUCAAGUAAAAGAGAAGCUGAGGGUGUCAGAAGAUGAGAGGGCAGCAUGGGAGGCCAGGCAGGCACAGGUGGAGCAAAAUGUAGAGGAGAGUAAAGAGAGGAUUGAGAAGCUGGAGAAGUACUGGCUGGAGGCACAAGCCCUCUGCAAAACACUCAACGAGCAACUGACCGAGACACAGAAUCAGUACGAGACCCUGGAUAAGAAGUACAACAAGGCUAAGAAACUGCUGAAGGACUACCAGCAAAAGGAGAUUGACUUUGUGAAGAAGGAAGAAGAAUUGAGGAAAGCCCUAGAGGAGAAGGAGAAACAGUACAAGGAGCAGCUAGACGGCCUUCUGGAGCGGAUAGCAGUUCUUGAAGCCAGAACACCCUUAGAGGACCACAUGGGAACCUCAUCUGGUCUGGAGACUGAAGAAGGGAGCAAUCGCAGUCAGGAACCUGAGGAGCCAGUAAAUGGCGCUCAGUCAAUGGACACCUUACUAUCUGACUCUGACUGGAGUGAAGUGGUCCCUGAGACGGAGCUCCUGGACACCAGCGCUCACCGAGCCAGGGCUCAGCUCUCCCAGAAGUCCAAGCGCCAGCCACCAUCUCGCAGCAAGCUGAGAGAGACGAUCAGUGCAUCAUCCUCCACAGCCCUGGAGGACGGUAAUGAUGAGGCUCCGACUCCAGUGGCGUACCCGAGGAGGAGACGCUCUAUUCAGGAGAGCCUGUCGCUGCCUGUUCCAAUCUUGUGUCCUGGGAACGGGCAAAAGGACGGGACCCCUGAAACGGUUAAGCGCUCUUCUAGCAAAGCUGAGCUGUCGAGGCCCCCUUCCCCACAAGCUGAGGCACCCCACCAGAGAGCCAGCGCCGAGAGUAGUCCAGGCCUGUCCCCUCCCAAAGAUACAUCGUCCCCUCAUUCGCCCUCAGGCUUCCUGCGCAAUGUGAAGAAGAGGGAGUCCAAGGGCAAAGGCAAGGAGACCAAAGAGGAGGCAAGUGAUAGUUCUUUAGGAAAACCAAAGAGAAGAUUUCCAGACUUUGGAGGCCUUCGAAAGUCUGGUGGCAAAGGGAAGAAGCAUGACAAAGAAGCCAUGAGGGCUUCUAUAGGCAGCAGGGGAUCUGGGGACUUGCUGGAAGAAUCUGGUGGGAAUCUGUCGCCUGCAGAGUCCAUGUCCUCCAUACCCACCUGCAUGCCCUUUUCCUGGUUUGGGGACAAAGAGAAAGAGCAAUGUUCUUCCACCAGCAGCAUGCCUUACGUCACCACAGAGACCAGCAGUGAAAUGAGCCAAGACCGGAAAAACAAGAGUUUGUCUGUCAUAGAUGAUUCGAACCCUGGAAGUCCCAGUUCGGACUUGACAGGGCUAGUCGCAGAGCCCAGUCUGUCUGGGCGCUCGCACACUUUAUCCUUCUCUUCCAGCGAGACUCUGGAUGAUGACUUAGUGCCUACAGGCAAGGAGUACCAGUGGCAGAACCGGCCCAUUUCAGAAUGGACCACUCAACAGGUCUGCCACUGGUUGAUGGGCGUGAACAUGGACCAGUACACCCCAGAGUUCACCGCCAAGAACGUGGAUGGCCAGCAGCUGCUUGGCCUGGACAGUGAGCGACUCAAGGCAUUGGGCGUUUCAAGUCAGAGUGACCGUGCAACCAUCAAGAAGAAGCUGAAGGACAUGAGAAAGGCCCAGGAGAAGCUGGAGAAGCAGCGGGAGAAACGGGAGAAGGAGGCGAGGCGCAGCGGAAAGCUGCCUGUAAACACAGACUCCAGCUGUUGAGUCACAGUGCACCCUCUCAGUCCCAUGCAAACAGUAUGGUGGCUUACCACUUUCAGAUUUUUUUUUGUUUGUUUUGUAGUUCACUUAUGAUCCAUUGAAACUGGAACAAUGUAUAAUAGCGCCAUUUUGAAAAGUCCAUUUAUGAAACUUUGCUUUAAUGUAGAGCCAAAACUGAAUAUUGUAAGUUGGAGUAAGCAUAAUUUCUUAUUUUCACACUAAAAAUGCCUGCAACGCUGCAGGUUACCACUAGCUUUGAGUGUAGUCACUUGAGGCUGUGGGGUACCUGUGCCUGACUGAGUGUAUGCCAAGGACCGCUUUAGUAUGAAACACCUUUCUCUCCCAGGCUCCGUAGUUAGACAUUAUCAGUAUCCAGAGGUGUUUCCAUUUUAAGGUGAAACCCUAGAUUUCUAGCAGGGUGGCAUAAGUAUCUGGUUGAAUUUUGCAUUCCUGGUUUAAUUCAUCGCAAGGAAUAAAAAUAGGAUACCUCAUGCGGUAGCUUUUACCACAUAAAUUAGCAGAGCUGUCAACCUGUAUUUCCACAUCACUGCUGAAUAUAGCUUUUAAAUUGUUUUAUAUUGUAUUUUUGCAGCUAUGUACAGAUCUUUUCAUACAGGAACUUUGUACAGUUAGAUAAAAGCACUGUUGUCUUAAACCAUGAAGGGCAAUGUUUCACUGUACAAUUAACUUUUUAUGUAUUGGCCUAUUAACUGCAUUAAAUUGUAUGAUCAAGGUAGACGAGCAUUUACGUGUACAUUUUCUACGAGAGUAGCACAUAGAACCAGAUCACUUUUAUACAACAAAAAAAAAGGUUUACAAGGUUUUGCUGCUUUUUCGUUCUCUUCCAGCUGUGCAGAGAAUGGGGAUGAAAUGAUUGUGGUCCAAUGAAACUAGUAAAAUUGUGUUGCUUAAAUGGUACACAGAAAGCCAAUAGCUUGGUAAGACUACUGUAAUAUCCUGAUUGAUUUGGUGCGAGUCCUGAGCAACUGUAUGUCAAAGCUUUUCAUGAUUCAUCAUGGGUCUCUUUCCAACAUUCCUCAUAGAAAAUGAUUUAAUAGCCACUGCAGAUACUCUGGUUACACUUGUGACCUGUUGUACUGUCUCAUUUAAGAUAUAAUAAUUCUAACUUCAAGUGGAAUACUGCACAUUUACAGGACCACUCCGACAAAGGGAAUUUUGUAUAAAUCCCUCCAGCAGAACUGAGCGAGUUCUCCCUUUGUUAUAUACUGUAGAUGCUGAACAAAUAAACUUCUGCUCUCAGCUGCUGUGUGGACCUUAGUCCUUGUACUAAACUCUAACCACCUACACGGAUUUGACACCUUUGGAGGACACCAGUCCACUCAUACAGAAUGGUAGAAAAGUUUAGUUUUUAGGUUCUGAAAACUAUAGACUUACACAGGGUAAAUAAAGGUCGAAAGGUUUAGUACAAAAAGAAAGCACUUACAGAUGAACUGAACCGCAGUGGCAACACAAAACUUUGGAGCUUUCAGUAUGAACUAUGAAAUGUACGACAUUGUACUCAGCACUGUGCAUAUGGUUUGACACUACUGAAAAGUAUCAUUUACAACUAAUUCUGUUGGUCACUUAUUGAAGCAAAAUAUUAAUACCAAUAUUAACCAGUAUUAAAAAUAAAAUUGUAUAACGGCUUCUAAAGGCCGUUUACAGUACAGGCAGUUCCCGGGUUACGAACGUCCAACUUCCGUACAAGCUGUAGUUACAAACCACCCCUUUACUGACGGGAAAUUAAUUUGUCACCCUUAAGUAAGAUGAAAACAUCAUUAAGCCUAUUAUAUUAAAAAUUCAAGUUACUGUACAUGCAAUGGUUCAUAACAAUGGGCUACUUUGUGACGCACAUCAAAACAUUGCACGUCUACAGCGGUUAGUUGGCUCGUGGGCCCAAAGUAGGACAAAUGCUUCCUUUUCAAUCGGACCACGUUGCUGUUAUGUCUCGCUAUUAUAAAUACUGUAAUAGAUUUAUU